AUGCGGUAUGCUCGUUGUGAACGUUAUUCGAAAGGUGUAUUAAAUUGUAAUGAAGCUAUUCGUUUAAGUCCAAAACUUGUUCGUGCUUAUCUUUAUCGUGGUUGUUUAAAAUAUUCUCUUCGUCUUUAUGAUCAUGCUAUUAAAGAUUUAUCAACAGCAUUACAAAUCGAUCCAUCGUGUUCACAUGCAUAUUAUAAUCGUGCAUUAUGUUAUGUACGUCGAGGAAAUCUUUCUUUUGCAUUAAAAGAUUUUGCUAUUGUUUUAUGUCUUGUAUCAACAAUAAAAAAUAGUAAAACUCAAUUACUUGAACUUGAAACAUAUGUUAAUCGAGGUUUAUUACAAUAUGAACAUAAAGAUUUUGAAAAUGCAUUAAUUGAUUUUGAAUAUGCACUACAAUUAGUAUUAAUAUCUAAUGAUGAACAAAGAAUUCAAUCACUUAAACAUAAAUUAAUAUAUACUAUUGGACAAUGUUAUCAUCGUUUAGCACAAUUUGAUAAAGCUAUUGAACAAUUUACAUCAUCUGAAAUAACUGAACACGCUAUAAUAGAUAUGAAUUAUCGACAUGAUUUAUGGAUAGCUCAAGCUAAUGUUUAUAUGGAUAUAGGUGAUGAUAAAUCGAAAUUAAAAGCAACAAAAUUAUUUGAAUUUAUACUUCAUGAAAAUCCCUUACAUGAAAAUGCACGACUUAAUCUUGGCUAUUGUUUUCGACAACGUGGUUAUUAUCAACGAGCUUGGAUACAAUUUUCAGCUAUACUUUAUCUUAAUCCAUCACAUGUACGUGCACUUGAAGCUCGUGCUAUUGUUUGUCUACAAAUGAAUCAUCCAACAGAAGCAUUUAUUGAUCUUAAUCAAGCAUUACGUUUUCAACCGUCAUCAGCUCAAUUACUUACAAAUCGUGGUGUUAUUCAACAAUUUUUAGGUGAUAAUAGAAAUGCUAUGUGUGAUUAUCGUGCAGCUAUGCUUGCUGAUCCAAAUAAUGCAUUUGCACAUUAUAAUGCUGGAAAUAUACUUAUGUUUCAUGGACAAUUUUCACAAGCUGUUACUUUAUUUGAUCGAGUUUUAGAAAUAAAUCCACGAGAUGAAGCCGCAUUAACAAAUCGUGCUAUUGCUAAAGUUGUUUUGAAACAAUAUAAUAGUGCACGUGAAGAUCUUGAACAUGCUUUACGAAUUUCACCAUUGAGUGCACAUAUUCAUGUAGAUCUUGGACAACUAUUAUUAACAGUGAAUGAAUCAUAUGAAGCAGAAAAACACUUUUCAAGAGCUUUACAAAUUCGUCCAUGUGAUCCAGUUGUAUAUAAAUGGCGAGGUGAUGCACGAUCGAAACAAGAUGGUAAACGACAAGAAGCUUUGGAUGAUUAUCGUACUUGUGUUGAACUUAAUGAUGCAUUACAAUUAGCACGAAAACAUGGACUUAUUAAAGCACCAACUAAAACCAGGCGAAGAUUAUGA